CACAAACUCCAAAACCCCAUCAUAUUCUUCCCCACCCUUCUUCUCAUCACAAACAAAUUUCUCCCAACGGCUACCUGCAACAACCCUUUUAUACUAUACCCCCAAACCCUUCCCUCUUCAACUAUUCAACUAAUCAAUGGAUUCACAUUCACCACACCGAUCAGAACCUCGAACCCGAACCAAAUCCGCAUCCCGCCUGGCUCGAACCAGUACUCAAGAACCAUUACCAACUCUCUCUCUUGAUCUAGUCUCAUACUCCCCCACCAACACUCUCUCUCCUUCCCCUACUAAACGAUCAAAACCCCGAAUCAUUGAUAUAAUAUCCGAAGAGGUAUCUGACCCGCAUUUGGCUCGUAGGCGGUGCAAGAACCGGUAUGCGAAUGUGGGUUCGCCUAGAAACAGUAGACGGUCCAGGAGGCGACUCGAGCAAGAGAUUCGAGACGAUAGAGAUAAAGAUUUUGUUUAUGUUGAUGAUUUGGUUGUUGUGAAUAACAAUAAGGUUAAGAAAAGGAGACAAAGUGGGAGAUCUAAGAAGGAGAAACUUACUUCUUGUUCUUCUGUUCCAUCUUCUGUUCAAUCCCCAAAAGGAAAUAAUGAUGUUUAUGGGUGUGAUCUCGAUCGAAUCGGAUUGGUUGUUAAUGAUCUGAUAAUGUGGAAUGAUGUAGCAAAAUCAACACUUUGGUUUGGUUUUGGUUCCCUUUGUUUCAUAUCAUCCUGUUUUACAACAGGUGUUAGCUUUAGCAUGCUUUCUUUAAUCUCUCAAUUGGGUCUUUUGUGUUUGGGUGUUUCAUUCUUCUCCAAUAUGGUUGCUCAAAGAAAUGGUAUUAGAACCAAUAGAGAAGUUAAGCUUAAAGAAGACGACGUUUUGAGAGCCGCUAGAGUUGUACUUCCUGCGGUAAAUUUUGCGAUUUCGAAAGCGGGAGAACUGUUUUCAGGGGAACCAUCUAUGACCCUUAAAGUGGCACCAUGGUUGCUUAUUGGAUACGAAUAUGGGCAUAUUGUAACAUUUAAGAGGCUUUGUGCACUUGGGUUCUUUAUUGGCUUCACGGGCCCAAAACUGUAUUCGAUGUACUCGGUCCAAAUAUGCAAGAAAGGUGAAAACAUGAAAGCAAGGAUACUGGAAGCAUGGGGAGGUUGCUCUCAUAAGAAAAUAGUUGCAGGAUCAGCUGUGACAGCCUUUUGGAAUCUAACUUCAAUUAAAACCCGCAUUUUUGCAGCGUUCAUAUGUUUGGUGAUCUUUCGAUGGUAUAGACAACAGUUGACAUGGACAGAGGAAGUUGAGGAGGAAGGUCAACAGCAGGUGAAGAAGACGUUGACUUUGGUUGAAAGUGUGAAAGUAGACUAGAGAUAUUAGUAGUGACUAUUUUGUAUCCUAUGUAAAAUGCAAUAUAGCUUAUAUAAUAAAAUGAAUCGUUUUAUCUUUCAAA